AUGCCCACUGAUGCAUUCAUCUCAGCCAGUGAAGCUAACCUCCAAACGGUUUCCUUAGUCACUGCUGCAGUUGGGCUUGGCCUUUUGAUGCUUCUUCCUCGGUACUUGAAAAGGAAGAGAUGUGUCAUCUCCAAGAAGGUCAGUCAGAAGGAGGUCAUGCAAGGGAAUCAUGUUUUCUCAACUCUACCUGGCUCCAAGGAUAGCCCAACAUUCAUUCGGCAACAAAGGGAUCGUUCCAUGUCCAUUGGAAGUGACUAUCAGUCCACAUCAACUCUUACAACUCUGCUGGCUGAAGGUGGUCCAUGCACACCUCAGCAGUUGGGACUCAUGGGUGGCAGCACAUUAGCCAUUGAAAAUGGCACCUAUGGAUGA